AUGAGCUGGUUCGUCCCCUUCGUCCUCGUCCUCGCACUUGCCUGGGCCGCCGUCGGCAUCUUGCUUGCCCGCUGGCUCAAGCAAGCUGGCUAUGCUAAACCGCUCAAGGGCCGGGAUCUCAGUAGCCGCGAUUUGUACGGUGGGGGAGCGGGAUAUGGACGUAUGGGGGAUCAAGGAGGUUUAAGGGGUCAAGUUCAUGGUGCGGGGUCGCGGGUGUAUGUUGGUGGAGGGUGGAACGGGAGAACGGUGGGACUGGGGCAGUUUGGGAAUGGCGGUGGGAGGGGGGUGUAG